AUGAAGAAGUGCAUCGUGCUCGUCUCCAACCAGAGCUUCUCGGCCGAAAACAAGAGCAACACCUCGUCGCUCAACGCUCUUCUCGACGCCAAGAAGAUCAAGCGCGUCGAGGUCGACGGGUCGGCCGAGGACAUGGUCGACCGGCGGAACACGCUCUUUGGCAUCAGCGGAGUCCGGGGCUCGUACCCGCAGGUCUUCCUUGUGGACGAAGGCGAGACCACGCCCCGCUUCAUUGGCCUCUUUGAUGCGAUCCAGCACAUGAACGAAAUGAACGACCUGCCCACGGACAUCAUUGAGCAAAACAACAUCCUGACCUUCGACGCUGUCUUUGCGGGUACGUCGCCGCGUCUCGAUCCUCCGUGA